AAGGCAAAAUGGCGGCCUGAUAUGUACAACAAUUUUUAAUACGCGUAAUGUUAUGUUAUUUUGUCUGUCGAAAUAUAUUCCGACAGGGAGACGAAUUGUGGAUUAAAUAAGGAAAUUCAACCGACUAUUUUGUUUCGCGCGAAUGAUAAUCAAUAAUUGAUUCAGCUCGGCACAAGUUGAAGCUUCAUUUGAUCUCAUUGAACAUCGUGGCGCCAAAAUUCUCUUCUAUACAAUCACAAACAUGUGCCUGAUUAUCCGAUUGCAUUAGCUGGGCCGCUGAGUGAUAACUGACAACAAGUGAUAACUAUAUUUCCAAUAUUUAUCGACACGCUAACGGGAGAUGUCUAUGCAGCCUAAAGCACGGGGUCCAGGGAGGCCACCAAAAUUGAAGAACAUUCCAUGCACAUGGUGCGGAGAGACUAAACUACCAUUAAAGUAUGUUCUUCCCACACAGAACGGCAAGAAAGAGUUUUGUUCAGAGACUUGUCUGUCCGAAUCUCGCAAAACCUAUACAAGGAGUGUUUGUGUACAAUGCGAAAGUGUGAUAGGAAUCAGAGGUACACCUUUUAGACUGGAACAAAAAGAUGCUCCGACAAAGGAUUUCUGUUCUGCAUUCUGUUUAAAUGUAUAUCAGAAAAAAGAAACGCAAACAGACACAAAGAAAAAUAGCAGUGAUCCAUCGUUACCAUCUCCUAUUCCAUCUCCAGCUCCAUCUGGAUUGCCAAGCAGCAAUAAUGCACAAACGACACAAUCUUACACAAACACAAAUAAUCACACGACUGCAUCUCGUCCACCAACAACAUCUACUGGAACAUCUACUGCAUCGUUGCAAUAUGAAUCAUUUCAGACUUUUGAUUGGGAUCUUUAUUUAAAAGAAACAAACAGCAUGGCGGCUCCAAUCGAGUAUUUCAAGCAG